GAGGCGGGGCUGGGCGCACAGGGAACCUCCGGCUCCACUAAGACCCGCCCCCUCAGGAAUAAUACGACCGGCGGCAGCGCUCAUUAGAGCUCCCGCAUGUGGGAGGGGCUGGAGCACACAGGCACUGCCUCCUCAUGAAUAAUGCAAGUUCAGGCGGUGUCCCGGACCCGGAAGUGGAGUUGCAGAGUCACCGCAGUGGCUGAGCUGCUGACAGGAGGCGGCGGCGGAGGAGGAGGCGAGGCAGGACCUGCGGCUCUGCCCGGCCACGGCCGCGGUAGCACUAAGGCAAGCCCACGGAGCCAUUCCGGCCUCAGCCACGAACCUCGCUCCCCGCGCCCACCCCUCCAUCUGCCCGGACGCUUGCCCGCCCGACUCUUCCCGGGCGGCCUAGUCUGCACCACCCACCAGACUCCUGGGGCCGCCGCCCCGCGCGGUCCCGUCGGCGUCCCUGGCCGCGCCCGGCCCCCGGCCCGCUCGCCCGCCGGCACCAUGAUGGAAGAGAUCGACCGGUUCCAGGUGCCCACCGCGCACUCGGAGAUGCAGCCGCUGGACCCAGCCGCCGCCUCCAUCUCAGACGGGGACUGUGACGCCCGGGAGGGUGAGUCAGUAGCCAUGAAUUACAAACCAUCCCCGCUCCAAGUGAAGCUGGAGAAGCAGCGGGAGCUGGCCCGGAAGGGCUCCCUGAAGAAUGGCAGCAUGGGUAGCCCCGUCAACCAGCAACCCAAGAAGAACAAUGUCAUGGCCCGGACAAGGCUUGUCGUCCCCAAUAAAGGCUACUCCUCGCUUGACCAGAGCCCAGAUGAGAAGCCACUGGUAGCCCUUGACACGGACAGCGAUGACGACUUUGAUAUGUCCAGAUAUUCCUCCUCUGGCUACUCCUCUGCGGAGAUCAACCAAGAUUUAAACAUCCAGCUGCUGAAGGACGGCUACCGGUUAGACGAGAUCCCUGACGACGAGGACCUGGACCUCAUCCCCCCCAAGUCUGUGAACCCCACCUGCAUGUGCUGCCAGGCCACGUCCUCCACUGCCUGCCACAUUCAGUAGCGGGUGGGGCCACUGCGGCCACCUGGGGCAGGGCCCCCAUGGGCCAGGUGGGACAGGGCAGGGGCCAACCCCUCCCCAGCUCGUCCGCCUGCCCCCGGCCCCCAUGCCCCCUACAGCCGCCAACCUCGUAACAGUCAUUGCUUCCUCCUAUGGUAGGACGUGUACCUCUGUGUGUUCAUGGAGCCGGAGAAACCAAAACCGGGUCUUUCUCCACCCCGGGGGCUGAGGAGCAGCAGGGGCUGUUUGUUCAGUUACUUGGGGGACCAUGCCCAGCACCCUGCCCCCCCUCCCUGAAGCUGCUGUCCAGGGGGGAGAGGAAGGACUAGACAGCAGAGAGGCUAACACUAAUGAGUGGGGUAGGGAUCACAAAGCCAGGGGCUUGGCCUCACCCCAGCAAAGCCAUGAGCCCCCCAGCCCCAGCCUGAAAAGGAAAGGGGUCUGGGAGGGAGAAGGACCCAGGGCAGUGGGAGCAGGGCCCAGCACCUCAGAGCCCCCUCCACACGCCCCCUGCCGGCCCAUAUAACUAUUUGUUUCCCCCUCCUCUCCAGAUGGGAAGCCUGGCAAUGCUGCCCAGUGGGAUACUGCCCUCGCCCCAUAGAAUCACUGCCUUCUUCCUCUUCUUUGCCCCAUUCGCCCCCUUCCUUGCUCUCUGGGUUGUGGAGAAGGGUAGGGUGGGCUUUGGAGACAGACCAGUUUGGGGUGAUAUGAUCUGUCCUCACCCACCCCCAACAUGCAUCUAUUUCUCUGCCAGCUCCUCCCACCCCCCACACUUCUGUUCACUGGUCUCCAUCCCAGGAUGGAAGCAGGAGGUAGGGCUGGCCUUGAAAGCCCCAUUCCCAUCUCUCUCCAGCCCAAGAUCCCAGAUACCACUUCCCCACAAGAAUCUUCAAGGAGGCAAGCUUAGGAGAAAACAGUGGUAGCAUGUGCAUGGUAGGGAGAACUUGGCGGAAUGUGUGUGUAUGUGUGUGUGAGCCUGUCAGGGUGUGUGUUUAUGUCUGUGUGUUGGGCCUGUCUCUCCAGGUGUCUGUUUCUUCAUGGACGUGCGUGUCCAUGGUGGGAAAGUGACUGUGUGUUCUGUUAGUGACAUGAGGCUGCUCAGCAGUGGGCUGCAAGCCCUGGCCUGGGAGUCAGAAGUUUGGGUUGUGACCCUCGUGCUAGCACUCUCUCCAUGAUCUCAACAAGCACUUGUGUUCUCUGGGCUUCAGUUACCUCAACUGUAAAAUGAGCAGGGUCUGAAAUUACUCUUAAGGUUUUUUCAAACGAAGGAAUUUCUUCAUAGGAAUUUCUGUGGAGGUGUGUAGGCAGGUCUCCAUGUGUCUGAAUACACUUGUGGGGCUUCCUGAGUUCUGUUUCUGUGUGGAAAGGAGAGAGGAAGUUCCUAAGGGACAUGUGUGUGUUUGGGAUCUAUUUGGGAAUACAUGUAUAUUCCAUGAACAUAUAUAUGGGGAGGGGAGUAUAUGUUGUGUGUGUAGCUCUGUGUGGCAUCUGGAAGUCAGAGUGCGUGUGCUGCUGCUGCUGCUGCUGCUGCUGCUGCUGCUGCUGCUGGGGUGGGGAGGGGGAGAACAGAAAAGCUGAGGAUGAAAAUCAGAGGGAGGAGGUGACCAAGCCCCCCACCCCUGAACUAGGCAAUAGAGACCUGCCCCAUGUGAAGAAACACGAAAGCACAGAGAGCCUAAGACUGCUCAGGUCUUAUGCCUCACAAACCCCAUAUCCCAGGACCAGGGUGUACACUCCCCAUUCCUCCAUGCUGACAGCCCACACACGCUGGUGUAUCCACUCUCAUAUAUACCACUCAUGUGUUGCAAGUGUGCAGAGGACACCUGCACAGCCCACUCCCUGGCUGCCAUUCCUGGGAGAGGGGAGCUGAAAGGAGGGGAGGGUAGUGAGAAGAGAGAAUAAGGCUGCUAGCUUGAGAAGGGUAGCCCCUCUCCACGCACCACACCCCCAGGCUGCCAGCUCCAAACUUUUGAGGUGCAGCUUUCUACCCUCAGUUCCUCCACCUUCUCCUACUUCCUCAAGUGCAGGGACCCUGGUUAGGUGAGUAGAAAAUGCCAAAGGAAAGCAGGGACAAAGAAGGCACCUGCAGGGCCUACAAGAUCCAUACAGGCUCCCAUCUGAAUCUCUCUCUGCCACCCUGGUCAGCAUCCCCAUCCCAUCAGCUGGGCCCCAUAGUCAAGCUUCCUACCACUACUAUCAUUACCCUGGGCUCCCUGACUCACCCUUCUAGAACAUGGGUACUUCCUCUCUUCCGGGCAGGGCCCCCAUGAGGGCUCAUUUCGACUACUGCCUUUGCUGCUGACUUGCUCUAUGACUGGCCCACUGCUCGACCUCUCUGGCCCUGAGGCACCCUACCCACAGGACACACUAGUUCCCUGGCAGGCAAGGGCUUCCAGCUGAGGCAGUGUACAAGUGGAGAGAAGUAGGAAGCUGGUAGCCAGCAUCUUCUGGGUCUAGUAGAGUGUGUGGGUCCCUCCUUCCCUGUCUGGGAUGUUGGAGGGAUGGAAUUGAGGCCUUAGCUUGCCCCCCCCCCCACCAGCCCCGUCAUCCUUCCCCCUUGUAGAUACUGCCUUAACACUCCCUCUACCCUCAGCUCUGGCUGCCAACCAGCCAGGUUUCUCCGUGCUCACUAAUUUAUUUCCAGGAAGGUGUGUGGAAGACAUGAGCCGUGUAUAAUAUUUUUUUUAACAUUUCCAUCGCAGUAUUGACCAUCACCCUUGGUUGUGUAUCGUGUAACACAAAUAAUGAUAUUAAAAGCAUCAAACAA